AUGCUCGAUCCUCAACAAAAUUCUUCUCGACCAUUAUUAUCUAUAACUCCUCGAAAAAAAUCCGUUCGUUUUAAUAUAACAUCACCAUCACCACGAAUUCCAAAAUUAUUAAAUGAAAAUGAAUCAAAUAAUAUUAAUCAUCAUCAUCAUCAUCCAGUAAAUGUAUCUUAUACAAUUCCUUCAACAACAAUCAAUAUUGAUCAUAUAACAAAUCAAUCUCAUAUGCAACAUUUAAAUAAUCAUAUUGAAUAUAUUCCAACAACAAGACGAAAUAAUUUACAAAUAACUGGUGAAAAAAUUCUUCCACAACCUAAAACAUUUGAUGAACUUCAACAAUUUAUGAAAAUUAAAGCUGAAAAUCUUCGUAGAAAUAUGACAAAAGUAGCAACAACAUUUAAUCAUGCUAGUACACAUUUAAAUCGUUUAAAAGAAGAACAACAAGUAGUUCUUAAACGACCAAGUCGUAUACCUGUUUCAACUCGUCAUCGUUCACCAUCACCAACAAUUGUUAUUUAUAAAAAACCACAACAUCAUUCUCUUGAUGAUUUACGUUGGUAUUGUUUAGCAAGAAAAUUUUCAAUAUUAUGGCAAAAAAAAAUAUUUGGCUAUCAUCUUCGUCGAAUAAAAUAUUUUUAUCAAAAAAAUUUACUUAAAAAAUAUUUUCAAUUAUGGAAAAAUAUUACAAAAAAUAAUCAAUAUGAAUUAAUAGCUAAUGAAUUUUAUCAUCGAAAUUUAUUAAAAACUUAUUUUCAUAUAUGGUUAAAUUUUUUAUCACAAGAUCACAUAGCUAUUGAACAUAUUAAUCAUAAACGUAUUCAACAUACUUGGAAUAUUUGGAAAAUACAAUUAAAUAAACGACGUUUACAUCAACAACAAUUUAUUAUUGCUAAUAAACAAUAUCAACGAAAAAUUUUAUUUCGUGUAUGUUUUUUUAUGAAAAUUUGUUUUUUCUUGAAAGGUAUCUUCUCCCUCUUUUGGACUAUUCAUGGUUCUCUACGAAAGUAUAACUGAUAGGACUCAAAUUUUUACCACAGCUAGAUUAUCGAAUAUGAUGAGGGGGUCCAUAUUCGAGAAAAUGAGAGUGAUCCGAAUGCCGUAACUUGAAAUACAUUGAAAAAGACAUUUGUACGUGCACAAGCCUUAUUUUUUACUAUGGCUCAGUGUUGCAUUCGGUAGGAUUUUUUCCUUACCAGAUCGACAUGAAUCAUUUUUCACAUCUUUCAUCCUAUAAGAGUCAUAUCGACCUCUUGAUUAAUCAUACCUAUCUCUGAAUCACAUCAGAAAUUAUGUAAGACAUCGGUUUCACUAUUAUAAUGCUUUUCUUGGAGUACGGGGUUUUCGCUUUUUAUUCUUUGGAUUCUCCACAAUAAUUAAAGUAGCUCAUCUAGAGGUAUAAGCCGAAAGAUCGAAUACGGCGAGGAGCAAAACUCUUCAAUUUUUGAGAAUUUCCAACGACUACCAAUUCGACUGUACAGGCUCUUCAGCAGCGAUGACUAUAAUCAUUUCAAUUUUUUUUAUAGAGAUGACAGCGGCUGCUGAGUUUAAAAUUGAGGUCUUCUUUCUAGAAUAAGAAAUUUCUGUUUAUUUCAAUACCUGUGGUUAGAAAUUCGACUGAUGAAAAAUAACGAAAAAAUGUUCGAUCGCAUAUGCAUGGAUGUCAGUGGCGGCAGCGAAGCAGCUAAACUUGCUUUUUCACUGUGGCAGCACAGCUAUACAUCUUACACCUCUAACUCGACGAUAUUUAAUAUUUUACUCCCAUAGAAAUUGUACUAAAAGCUUUUUGUUCACUAUCUGUUUCUAUAAAUUUUUCCUCCUUGGAGAUCUAUCAAUGGAUGUAAAAUUUCAUAUGACUACAAAUUGAAAAAGUUUCAUGAAAAUUGAUUUUGGAGACCUUUUAUUAUGUUCAGCUUUCAUUUUUAGUUUUAUCAAAUAUGGCAAAUCAAUACAUAUCAACGACGACA